UAAAAUAGGUGUAAGUGGCGAACUGGCGGCGCCACUGUAUAAGUAUACGAUCAUUCCAAUUCGAAUGUGACCGACAACGACAACCGGCCGAAUCAAACGAACACCUGAUAAAGUACCGGGUUUAGUUUCCCUCCCCGAACUUUGAUUAGUUAUUUGUUUUUAAUCAAGUCAUAAUUAAGCUAAACGUCUAUAGCGAUGGAAGGCUUCGGUGAAGACUAUGUCCUUCCGAGUUCUAGUAUCUCAAACCUGGGAAAUGUAACGAUUAAAGAGUUCAGGUUGCACUUAACCUUGAAAAGAGAUUAUGUCUCGUACAAUAUUGUCAGGACCGACUACAUCGUUUGGCAUAUAUCCGACGAAAAACCAAGAAAUUACUCGCAAAUAGGCAAACAGCUUAACAUAAAAAUUAGAGUGCUUGAACAUCCAAAAAUCGAGGAAAGUUUGCCUCAGUACGUGGGUCUCCUUUGUCUUGGCUCAUGCGCGGAUGACAAAUUCGUAGUUGUGGGUCACCGUAGCUUUUAUAAUUUUUAUAAUCUGGCCUGCAACAACAAUAAGUUUGACAUUUCGCAAUCUGACAAACUGUUUUGCCCCUUUCUCGAUAAUCAGAUGCAUCAGCAGCUCGUGUUUAUAUUCAAAAUUGACUUGGCCUCGAUGCUGGAUAAGGGUCAACUGAGCGAUGCGACGCUAGUUGUAUGUUGUAAAGAUCAGAGCCAUCAAGAUUUUCAUGUCCACAAAGCCAUACUGUCGGCGCGCAGCCCAGUAUUUGCUACUGAAUUCGAACGUGUCACCGCGGUCACCCGCACCUGCAUCCAGGUUGAUCUGACGUGCGAGAUCGUGCGACUCGAAGAUUUCGCCGAUAUGCUGCGGUAUAUUUACACGGGUCUAGUAGCGAGUGUGCAGGAGAGGAACUUGGAUGGUUUGAUACAUUUGGCUAAACAGUACCAGCUGAGCGACAUGGAGGAAGCCUUCAAGAAGCAGAUGAAAGUCCUUAUGAAGCCUGAGAAUGCACCAGGUUUGCUCAUCGAUGCUGAUGGGAAGAAGGCUAGUUGGCACAAAAGCCUGCUGAUCAACUACAUCAUCAAGAACUUGAAUUUGGUAAUUGAAAAGGAGGGAUACAACACCAUGGUUAAGUCUCAUCCGCAUCUUUUGGAUGAGAUAUUAAGAACCCAGGCUCAGAAGCUGACUAGUAAAAGGUCUCAUGAAACACCAACUGGAGAUGGCAAUCAUAAGCACAGGAAAUUUAAAAAGCCACAAUAAGGUUGCAGAAAUUAUAACCAAGAUAAAAUGCUUUAUUAUAUGUAAAGCAUCUAGAAUAAUAUGACAAAAGUUUAGUUUACGAGUAAAUAUAAUUUCUCGUAAACUCAUAUUACUUAUCAUUUUUUUCAAUUCCUUGUUAAUAAUAGCUCUUAGUAGUCACUACUUAUAUGUAUGAUUCUAAUGUUCAAUGUAAGUUUUGUUUAAGUAUAAUAAGAGACCAACAUUAUUCUAAAUAAUGAUAACAGUAUUAGUAAUUAUAAAAAUCAUGUUUGUACAAUACAUUGUACUUUGUUUGAGUCAUCACUGAAUGCUUUAUUAUUAAACCAAAUAAUUUGUGCAUACAGAAAUAUUUGUAAGCACGAAAAAGCGUUGAUUGUAAAGAGUGCAAUUAACUAAUCGUAAUUGUCAUCUAUCGUUUUAGGACUAUGUUUUACAAUUGUGAUUGUGGAUGAUAUUAUUCCACUAUUAUUCGAAUUAUAACGAUAUGUAUUUUUAUUUUUAAAAACGAGGCUUCUUUGUAUAAAAUUAGGUGUAAACCGUUCUGACAAUUGUUCAAUAUUUUAACGAUUUGUAGACUGCUUGAAAAGACUAUAAGUCACGCUCUUAAGUGUCGAAAUGCACGAUAGUAUCAGACAAUGUCAAGAUUAGAAAAUAUGCAAAGAAUGAUUUUAUUUGGCUAAUACAAAUGUAUUUACAUUUAGGUUGUUAUAAAGAAUGAAAAUGAGUUUGCAACAUUGCAUGUAUUCGAUAAAUGAUCAUUUUACACUUUAUACAAAAUGUUACAGAUAAGCAGCUAAAAGUUUUCAAGUUAUCUAUAUAUGUAUUUCCGAAUUAUUUUAGGAAAUCGCACUUGAUUUUUCGAGUUGAAAAUAAAUAUUAUUUUCUACAAAAUAUUUCAAGUUUUCUCAUUCAAUCAAUUAAUUAGGGAAGAAAAUACAUUUUCUAAAUAUUAUUAUAUGCGUUGAAGCGAAAAAAUAAUUAACUAUCACGUGCUUGAACGCUGUAUUAAAUGUUUUUCAAAUGAUAAUCUUAUUAUCUAUGUUUUAUCUUUACUGGGUAUGCUUCAAGAUUCUAAUUGAACAGUAAGACGAAGGACCUGCUGCUGCGUCGCAUUGGCAUCGCCGACUUCACCGGUGUUCAGCUAUCGCAGCCAACGGGCCAUAAUCUAAGACGACCUUUUGACGCACAACCUGUUCUUCAUUAUAAAUCACGGACGCUUUUAUCACCGCACAAUUACUUAAAAAUUAGUUCAAACGAAUUAGUUCAAAACCACUCGAUUCAGCACGAGCUCAGAAGAUAAAUAAACGAACUUCUUCAAAACAGCAACACAGAUUCGACGUAUGAGAACGUCAAGGGAUUUAAAGUACUUGCAAAAGGUUUUCUCCGAAACUUUGAGAAAAGCAACGAAGCCGUACAUGUUUGCCGAAACAAAUGUAACGAUUCUAAAAGGAACUGUCGUUUGGAUACCGAUGAUCGGCAUACGCCGAGAUUCGCAGAUCAGUUUGCGUCAUCAAUAUCCUGCAAAACUACACGACUCGACGUCUGCAAAGAGAUGUGCAUUCCUUACGUGAGAAAUCCAAAAGCCCUAACAAACCGUCCUAUGUCUGGCAUCAAGCUCAAGUUCAGGAAAUUAUAAACAACGGUGUAACAGCUAGGAUGUGUGUAUCUUAAUUAAAACUCCUGUACAAUUUCGAAUAA